AUGUAUGCCAAAUCCGAAAAAUGCGAAUUUGAGCGAGAGAGCAUCCAAUUCCUAGGACUAAUCAUCUCGGUGGAAGGUGUUAAAAUGGACCCCCAGAAGGUCACCGCUAUUGUGGACUGGCCCGCUCCCACCGAUAAGAAGGCGAUCCAGCGCUUCGUGGGAUUCGCAAACUUUUACCGAAAAUUCAUCAAGGGCUUCUCCUCCAUCAUCACCCCCAUUACAAAUUUAACCAGGCAAGGCACUCGGUUACAGUGGUCUCCCGAAGCCCAGGCCGCUUUUGCUACCUUAAAUGAUCUGUUCACCUCAGCCUCCAUCCUGAAACAUCCCGAUCUGGCCCUACCCUACAUCCUGGAAGUGGACGCAUCUGAGGUGGCAGUUGGAGCGGUGCUCUCCCAGAGAUAG